AUGAUCACAAAUGGUGAGGAAAAGAAGGGAGGCCUGCCAUCUAGACCUUCGGAGGGUGUGGACUUCCUCAAUUUCAUGUCCGAAGCAGGAGUGGUGGAUGCGGGGUUCUCAGGGUCAAGGUAUACCUGGUGCAAUAAUCGUCCGGGCCCAGCUCGGAUUUGGAAACGCCUGGAUACAUUCCUACUUAAUGGGACAGCAUUGGGGAUGCACCACCAGGUCACGGUUCAAUACUUGGAUAGGGAUCCAUCAGAUCAUGCUCCGUUACUGUUAUCUGUGGUAUUGGCAGCAAAACUGAGAGGUAUGAAGCAGGUACUGAGGCAAUGGUCUACACUUUCGUUUGGAGAUAUUUUUGAAACAAUCCGGGGCGCUGAGCGCGAGUUGGUGGAUGUAGAGACAAAGUAUGACUUGGAUCCAUCGGAUGCCUUGCGGUGUGAACUACAUCAAGCCCAGGCACGAUUGCGUCGAGCUCUUUCGAUCGAGGAGGGCUUCUGGAGGCAAAAGGCACGUGCGAAGUGGCUUCAAGAUGGGGAUAGAAACUCGAAGUUUUUCCAUUCAUUAGUGGCAGAAAGAAGACGUCGGUCAGUGAUUCAUCGAGUGAGGAGGUCAGACAGAGAGUGGCUCGGCGAGUUGUCGCGGAUUGGUGAGGCGGUGAUUAGUUUCUUCCAGAAGCUUUUCACGGCAGAGACAGUUCUCCCGGCAAAUGGUUUGUUGGAAAACAUUCCGAGUUUAGUCACUACCCAAGACAACGUUGCACUAACAGAGAUCUCACAGCUCGAAGAGGAGUUGGUGUCAGACAUUACGAGGUCUAAUUGGGGUGGUAACGUGGUGAUUAAGCUGGACAUGAUGAAGGUGUACGAUAGAGUCUCGUGGCCGUUUCUGCUACAGGUUCUUCGCCGUUUUGGGUUCUCUGAGACCUGGAUUGAUAUGAUCUGGCGCCUGGUUUCUAACGUCUGGUUCUCGGUUUUGGUCAACGGCGCACCUCAAGGAUUCUUUAAGUCAUCACGGGGCCUCUGGCAAGGGGAUCCCAUCUUACCGGCCUUAUUUGUCCUCAGCGCUGAGGUGUUAUCUCGAGCCUUGAAUACGGUGGCCACUUAG